GAAUGCUUCCUGUUUGCCUCAGAACAGGUUUGUACUUUGGCUGAAGGAUAGGCUCCUCUGACAACAGUUCACCGGCGGCAACAGACACACAACGCUUGUCCUCAGCAAGAAAAUGGACACCUUUAAAGGCCCUUGCCCUCAUCGAAGUUUUCCAGUUGAGACGGAUGAAAGCAUGACAUCCUCCGCUCUGGACUUGGCCUGGCCCGCCUCUUGCCAGCAGUGCUCUCAGCUUACAGAGACCAAUAACAGGACAGGGGACAGGAGCGUCAAACUGACUGAGGUGGCGAUGGGCGGCGUUGGCCAGUGGAAAGAAGAACCCACAGAGUCCUGCUACCUUGGCCCUAAACCUGCUUUUGACCCUGCAACCUACUCAGGAGUAAUGCAAAUCCCUCAUCUCGCAGGUGUUUGGCCCCGUCCCAGCGCAGAGGGGUGUGUGUAUGACCGUAACGCCCCCGUUCACCCUGUUAGAGGUUUCACAGCCUCUCCAAACUGGCCUGAGGAGAACGCUAUUGAGGACACUGAGCACUUGGAGCCUCCUUUCCCACUCAUGUCUGACUUUAAUAACAGACACUACGCCCUGCCACAAUGCACCGCCGCUGCACGUAUACCUGGCCAAGAUGCAGCGCAGGAGAGCUGUGUCAGACGGGGUGCAUGCCAGCUGCCGGCGAAUCUCGCCCAUCACACUCAUAAUAAUUGUUACUGUAAUCGUAAUUACCCUGCGGAUCCUCACCGGGAGCUCCAGCACCCCCCUCCAUCCUGGAUUCCCACAAACAACAGGCUGCAACAGAGAGAUAUCCCAAACACCCCCAGGGUAGAUGUGCCUCAAUCUGCAGGACAUCCCAGAGAGGUCAUGCGUGAGGCCAGCGUGCAUCUGUCCCGCCAGGGUCCAGCAGCAACACAGGAGAUGAGGAGGACCAUCAGCCUACCUGAGCAGUGCAGAAACGUUUUCAUCACAUAUUCGGCGGACACAGCAAAAGAGAUCAUUCCUUUCACCAAAUUUCUGAUUGAUCAGGGGUUCAAACCAGCGAUUGAUAUCUUUGAUAAUCCAAUCAUAAGGAUGGACAUCACCAAAUGGAUGGACAGCUAUCUGAAUGAUAAAUCAGUGCUGAUCAUCGUGGUCAUCAGCCCCCAGUACAAGCAGGACGUGGAGGGAGUUGGUGAUGAUGAACAUGGUCUCCACACCAAGUACAUUCACAAUCAAAUCCAAAAUGAGUACAUCCAGCAACGCUGCCUCAAUUUCAGACUGGUACCAGUACUGUUUCCCACUGCAACCAAGAAGCAUGUUCCCAACUGGCUCCAGAGCACCAGGAUCUACCGCUGGCCCCAGGACGUCCAGGACCUGCUGCUCCGCCUGCUGAGGGAGGAGCGCUACAUCGCCCCCCGCCUGGGAAGGGACCUCACCCUCACCGUCCGACCUCUGUAAAGAGGAAAAAAAUCCAGACGCACCAAGACAAAAGCAAAUAUGAACCAGUAAUGAAUAGUUUUAUUCUGUUAGAGUUUUUCUUCUCCAUGCUUCAACACCAACAGUGAUUCUUGAAGCACCAUCUCUGAAGCCAAUGCAUUGACCAAGUGUGCCAAACUGCAUGCAUGCUCUCUGCUUCACACUCAAUUUGUCAGUUUACAGCACACUUUUUUUUUUUUUUUUUUUUUUUUGGAAAACUGUAAACAUUGGUCUCUAAGUUGCUACACUAUUUUGCCAGUUGCCUUAUGUGGAAACACUUUUAGAUAAUGAGUUCUCUCACAAAUCAGUGCUUGAGCGCUAAAAAUAGUUCACAAGUUCACAUUUGGUUUGGACAAUAUUGGACUGAGAGUAAGAGAGGUGAGAACUAGUGGAGGAAGAGGAGGAUGAGGAGGUGAAGAAGUACAGAGGAGGAGGUUUUUCAUUCAUGUUGUCAGUGUGUAGUUGGUGCCUCAUGUGCUUAAUUCACAUAAUGAUUUGUUUGACUCAAAACACAAUUUUUUAAAAGAUUUUGAAGAGUUUUGUGAUUAUGUGCUUUUGCAAGCGAUGGAUGAUGUUUGGCUGAUUUGGUGUAAGGUUUUGUGGUUAGUGUGUAGAGUUUUGCAAUUUAAAAAAAUGCUAUAGUUUCAGAGAUGAUGCUUAUGUAAUCAGAAAAAACCUGUAAAACCAACAUGCUUCAGAUACACGUCUAUUUCACAAACCUCAGUGAGGGCUGUUGCAGCUGAAGCAUGUUUGGUCGAUUUGUUUUUCAUUUCCAUUUGUUCUUUUGAUGCAUGAUAAACGCACUUUUUAAAAAAUGUUUCAGACCUCAGCACCUCUCAGUCUUUUUAGGAUUUUAAUUUAGGAUAAGAUUACAGCACACACUCAGGGCAUACAUUACUGUAAUAAGGCAUCUGUUUGCGUAUGGCAUAGAUUUAACCAUAAGGUGGCAGUGUGUCCUAAUUAAUGAAUGCACUCCCAUUGUUAGUUGGGUUUCCUCCUUGUGGGAACUGCUUUCAUCUCCAGAUUGUAUUAUGAAUGGUUUGUUUUGUAUGCUAUUUUCCUGUGUACUGUCUUUGAAAUAAAUGUAAAGUUUCAGCUAAUUGACAGGGAUAUCUGACUUUAAUAUGGGAAGCCGAUUUUGUAUUGUGAUUGUGCUUAAAACAACUGGAAUUGGAAACAAAUUUUGAUUUAGGAUCUAUAUAGGGGCCAGAGGAAGUCAAAGUCUUGUAAGGGGAAUAUCCUGCCCGCUCCAACUCGCUGAUAAGCCACCAGGCUAAGAGACAUCAGUCCUCUGCUGACACAAGAGCUUUCA